AGAAAAGAGGCCGGAAGUCCGGCAAGAGACAUGUGGACAUGAAAAUUGGCGCCUUGCACAUGAGUCUCUCGGGAUUUGAUAAAAAAGCUUCCAACCCCAUCUUCAACUUCAUUGACAUCACAAAACGUAAAUACCAAUCUAUAUAAAUAAUUGUAUUCACUAUACAAUCAAUCUCCACUACCCACACACAAGAAUUUAACACCACCACCACUUUUUAACCGUGGGUGAAAUAUGUCUUAUUACUGUACAGCAACUACUGCUGCUUCUAACAGUGGAUUAUUCGGAUCAACAACAUUCAUGUCCUCCUCAUCUCAUUGUUCUGGAUUAUUCAUCAACUUCAAUUCCCGGCUGCUGUUCACCACCACUUCAAAUUUCACCAAACGGUGUCGUUUCAAUGUCAGGAGUGAAGCAAUUCCUAAGGUUAAGGUUCCGGUCGAAAAAGGAAAUGUGGGAAGUAUUGAUAUGUCAAAAUCUGAUGCCAAUGAUCUGGUUUCAAGAAUUACGUACCAUGCGGAAUUCACACCAUCAUUUUCUCCGGAGGGACUGGAUCUACCCAAAGCAUACUUUGCCACUGCUCAAAGCAUACGUGAUUCACUCAUCCUUAAUUGGAAUGCGACUUAUGAUAUGUACGAAAAGAUGAAUGUAAAACAGGCUUACUAUUUGUCUAUGGAGUUUUUACAGGGAAGAGCACUAUUGAAUGCGAUUGGUAACUUGGAGCUAAGUGGUGCUUAUGCGGAGGCUUUGAGCAAACUUGGCCACAAACUUGAGGAUGUUGUUUCACAGGAACCAGAUGCUGCUCUAGGAAAUGGUGGACUUGGCAGGCUUGCUUCCUGUUUUCUGGAUUCAUUGGCAACAUUAAAUUAUCCAGCAUGGGGUUACGGUCUUAGAUACAAGUAUGGUUUGUUUAAGCAGCUAAUCACAAAAGAAGGCCAAGAGGAGGUUGCAGAAAACUGGCUUGAGAUGGGUAAUCCUUGGGAGAUUGUCAGAAAUGACAUCUCGUAUCCCAUAAAAUUCUACGGGAAAGUUGUUACAGGUUCUGAUGGAAAGAGACGUUGGAUUGGGGGUGAAGAUAUAGUGGCGGUUGCAAACGAUGUGCCGAUACCAGGAUAUAAAACAAAAUCUACUAUUAAUCUUCGUCUAUGGUCCACUAAAGUUCCAUCAGCAGAUUUUGAUCUGUCUGCGUUUAAUUCUGGAGAACACACUAAAGCAUGUGAAAGCCAAGCAAAUGCUGAAAAGAUAUGCUUUAUACUAUAUCCUGGGGAUGAUUCAUUGGAAGGGAAGACCCUCAGGUUGAAACAACAAUAUACAUUAUGCUCGGCUUCUCUCCAAGAUAUUAUUACACGAUUUGAGAAGAGGUCUGGGGAGAAUGUGUCGUGGAAAGAGUUUCCUGAAAAGGUUGCUGUGCAGAUGAAUGAUACCCACCCUACACUAUGCAUUCCGGAACUGAUGAGGAUAUUAAUGGAUUUGAAUGGCAUAAGCUGGAAGGAAGCGUGGGAUAUUACUCAAAGAACUGUGGCUUACACCAACCAUACUGUUUUACCUGAAGCAUUAGAAAAAUGGAGUUUUGAACUCAUGCAAAAACUUCUCCCGCGGCAUGUGGAGAUAAUAGAGAUGAUUGAUGAGGAGUUGAUCAAUGGCAUAGUAGCAGAAUUUGGUAAAUCAGACACGGAGUUGUUGGAGAAAAAGUUAAAUGCUAUGAGAAUUCUCGAAAAUGUUGAGUUGCCAUCAUCUAUAGCUGAUCUGUUCAUCAAACCAAAAGAACUUUCUGACACAGAUACAAGUGAAGUGAUGAUGGUUUCUGAUAAAGGUUCCCUGGCUGAUGAAGAAGAUGAACCUAUUGGAAACAAAGAGAAAGAGGUGGAUCUGAAACCUGCUCCUCUACCACAAAAAAUGGUCCGUAUGGCAAAUCUAUGUGUUGUCGGUGGCCAUGUUGUCAAUGGAGUUGCUGCAAUUCAUAGUGAGAUUGUCAAGCAGGAUGUUUUCAAUGACUUUUAUAAGCUCUGGCCCAAGAAAUUUCAAAACAAAACAAACGGGGUGACCCCAAGAAGAUGGAUAUAUUACUGCAAUCCAGACCUCAGUAAAAUCAUUACCAAGUGGACUGGUGGAGAAGACUGGGUACUGAACACUGAAAAAUUGGCAGAACUUCGUAAGUUUGCAGAUAAUGAUGAUCUUCAGAGUGAGUGGAGAGUAGCAAAAAAGAUCAAUAAACUCAAGGUUGUGUCAUUAAUAAAAGAAAAAACAGGAUAUAUUGUUAGUCCUGACGCAAUGUUUGACAUCCAGGUGAAACGCAUUCAUGAAUACAAAAGACAAUUGUUAAAUAUUUUGGGAAUUGUUUAUCGUUACAAGAAGAUGAAAGAAAUGAGUGCCAAUGAGAGGAAAGAAAAGUUUACCCCACGAGUUUGUAUAUUUGGGGGGAAAGCAUUUGCCACGUAUGCACAAGCCAAAAGAAUUGUGAAACUUAUCACAGAUGUUGGGGUUACAGUAAACAAUGAUCCUGAUAUUGGGGACUUACUGAAGGUUGUGUUUGUUCCUGAUUACAAUGUCAGUGUCGCAGAAUUGCUAAUUCCUGCCAGUGAGCUUUCACAACAUAUCAGCACUGCUGGAAUGGAAGCUAGUGGAACUAGCAACAUGAAAUUUUCAAUGAACGGCUGCAUCUUAAUUGGGACACUAGACGGGGCAAAUGUGGAAAUAAGGGAAGAAGUUGGCGAAGACAACUUUUUUCUUUUUGGUGCUCAAGCACAUGAGAUAACAGGGUUACGGGAGGAAAGAGCUGAGGGCAAGUUUGUUGCCGACCCUCGUUUUGAAGAAGUGAAAGAAUAUGUAAGAAGUGGUGUAUUUGGGACUUAUAAUUAUGAUGAACUCAUGGGAUCUUUAGAAGGUAAUGAAGGAUUUGGCCGAGCAGACUACUUUCUUGUGGGCAAGGACUUCCCAAGUUAUAUAGAAUGCCAAGAGAAGGUCGACGAGGCAUAUAGAGACCAGAAGAGAUGGACAAGGAUGUCAAUUUUGAACUCAGCUGGGUCAUACAAGUUCAGUAGUGAUCGAACAAUUCAUGAGUAUGCUCGAGAUAUAUGGAACAUAGAACCUCUUGAACUACACUGAUGUGGCACAUAAUUAAGGCAAAAAUUGCAGGAGAUCAUACCAUGUUUAUCUGUGGAUGUCAAUAAAAUAUGUUACUUGUAUGCACACUUUUGUCCUUGCCUAUAGUGUUCACUUUUAGAUGAGAUCACGAGAAUGUGUAUAACGAUAUUGAGCUUUCUGAAUAAAAAUAGAUGUUCUGUAUUACCGUAUAUCAGAUACUUGACAAAUGUUCUAAACAGAGAUUUCUUAAUAACAAACAUCUUUGAAAUGUCA